AAACAGCUGGUUGUUAAAGCUCAAUACGUAAAAAUGAUUCGCAACCUAAGCUUGAUAAAGCGUAGCAACCUGUUGGCGAGGAAAAUCAACUUAGAUGCUAAUGCAGGUACUGGGUCUACGCAGCAAACAUCAGAAACAAUUCGCGAAGUUAAGCAUCAUGAAAACUUGGCCGCCAAUUGGUGGAAUAAGAAAGGUCCAAUGGCAGCACUGCAUGCCCUCAAUGAGAUUAGAGUUCCACUAAUACGAGAUGGAAUUGUGGCACGCGGCAAUGUAAAUUCACGUUAUAUAAACACAACAAAAGUCUUGAGUGGACAGUGCAUAUUGGAGGUUGGAUGUGGAGCUGGCUUACUGACCGAGCAACUUGCGCGCUUGGGCGCUCAAGUUACAGGCAUCGAUCUUGGUGAAGAACUGAUUAAAACAGCAAAAGAACAUUUGAGUAACUGCAGUGCAGAACUCUGUGAUAGAGUCCAAUACAAAAUGGAACCCAUCGACCAGCAUGUCAAAGCGAAUUUCGAGAGGUAUGAUGCGCUAGUAGUUUCUGAAGUUCUAGAGCAUGUUGACGAUAAGGUGGCUCUACUAAGCGCUUGCGUAAAGACUCUGAAACCUGGCGGCUCAAUAUUCAUAACCACCAUGAACAAAACCGUGCCAAUGUGGAUCGGCGGCGUCGUCAUUGGUGAAUAUAUCCUAAAUAUAGCACCUAAGGGCACACAUCACUGGGAUAAAAUGAUUGCACCACUGGAUGUGCAACGCAUAUUAGAUACAAUGAAUUGUCAAACCGUGCUCGUCAAUGGCAGCACCUACGAUUUUUGUCGCAACACUUGGCGUUGGAUCAACUCCACACAGCUCUGCUAUGCGCUGCAAGCUGUUAAACAGAUGCCAACUGAAUGCAGCUGAACAUUAUUUAAUAUUUAGAGUUAAGUCACUAUGUAAUAUGCUUAUAGUGUUUAUUUAAACUUCAUCAUCUUCUCG